GGGGCAUAAAAUGGGAUGACCUUGUUUUUGAUCAAGGUUGCGAUUUUUGUACCGCAUUUGAGUUUUCUUUGCAAGUUGGGCUGUGCGAUGGGUCAUUUGGUACUUCGAUUUCGGGCAGUACAAUACCAAACAGUUCAGGGAUUGAUGCGUCUUAAAAUUUCAAUUUUCUCCUCAUCGGUUCUAUCAUCCCACAAGACAAUGUCAAAGUGGCUCUACUGUAUCCUGCUACUGCAAUUAUAUUGGAGAGUGUCAUGUCAGCCCGUUAAGACUGCUUUAGAUACUCCUUUUAACGAUAUGAAUUUUGCCGGCCUCCGUCAUUGGGUUGAGGACUAUUAUGGACCAUGGGAAGAAUGGCUAGGGCCACCGCCAGGAACAACGCAGGAACCCGUUCCUGAGAAUGUCCCAUUUCCUUGCAAUGUUUCAAUUGGUCGAUCAAAAACGCCACCAACUUCGGUAAACAAAUUAAAACCGGGUGAUAUCCAAUUAAUUGGCACGCUGGGCGAUUCCCUUACAUCUGGAGCUGCCGUUUUCGCAAGGUGUUUCAUAGCACUCUUCGUAAGCAACAGAGGAAUUACCGCGGCCGGAGGAGGUGACGACACUUGGAGAAAGUGGCUAACUGUUCCCAACAUCUUAAAGGAAUACAACCCUAAAGUAGUAGGAUAUGCAGUAGGAGCUUCUUUAGUAACUGAAGAGAAUUCGGAAUGUCACGUUGCUGAGAUCGGCUCUAUGUCUGUGGACUUGCCUUAUGAUGCACAGGUAUUAGUCGAGAGAAUUCAAAGUUAUCCAAUGGUGGGUACGACUUGGGACAAGGCUUGGAAGUUUGUCUCGAUGAAUAUCGGAAUCAACGAUUUUUGUGCUAACAUAUGCUAUGAACCAACAGCUGAGAAAGUUAUUGAAGAUCAUAAACAAAAUGUAAUCGAAACUUUACGAAUAUUGAAGAAAAAUUUGCCGAGAACUUUCGUGGCUGUGAUUUCACCUAUAAGUUCAAUGAAUUUGAUUGAAGCUCAAAUAGGAAACCCAUCAUUUAAUUGCUCUUUCACAAUGGAUUUCGAGUGCCCUUGUAUGUUUGGCUUUUCAUUUAGACCAAAUAGACAAUAUUAUUAUAAUAUAAUAGAAGGGUGGUAUCAAGCAGAGAGGGAAGUUUCUUUGAUGCCAGAAUUUCAGAGUGAAGAUUUCGCAACUGUAUGGCAACCGAUUUUGACGAAUUCAAGCUUUCCAAAAAAUAAGGAUGGAAUUGUCCCUAUACAUGAAUUUUUAAGCAUCGAUUGUCUUCAUUUUAGGCAGAAAACUAAUGCAUGGUAUGCAAACGGUCUAUGGAACAAUUUGUUACAACCAGUGGGUCAUAAGUCAACGAGCUGGGAACCACUUUGGAAGACGUUUCUAUGUCCAACAGAAGAAAGACCCUAUUUGGCUACAAAUGCAAAUUCAGGCGUAUAUGGUUAAAUAUAGUA